UGAGAAUGUUGCCUGGGCUUCGCUGGGGCGGGUGUCUGGGCUGCAUACGUGCUCGUCGUUCUUGGACGUUAAUCGUCUGUUAUUCCCGCUCUCUGGUGCACCAAUCGACGGUGUGCUUCGCCCACGAACGUCACUCCCUCUCUCCCUCUCCCUCUCCCUCUCGAUCUCAUUUGUCCGAACGGAACUCGCUCUCGCCCUCACCAUCUCCAUCUCGCUCUCCCAAACGGCACUCCCUCCUCCCUCUCCCCCUCUCCACUUCGUUUGGCCAGGAGGCACUCUCUCUCUCUCCCAUUCUCUCGUCCAUACAUCGAAAGCAAGGCCAAGGCAUCAUGGGCAUGGCAGUGGGCAAGAUCAGGGAAGAAACACCCAAGUAUACGGUCAUUCAUAAGGCAGAGUCGUUCGAGGUGAGGGAAUACGAGCCGGCUAUGGCGGCUGCCGUCGAGUAUCCGGGGGAUAUCUACCUCUCAGACAACAAGUCCAACCCUUUCAUGGUGCUCGCUGGUUACAUCGGCGUCCUCACGAGUCCAAAGAACGUGAAAGCCGAGGCCAUAGCCAUGACCGCACCUGUCGUGAUGGUCCCGCCUUCUGCUUCAUCGGCUUCUUCAUCGUCUCCUCCUUCUGCCAAGCUCAGCGAUGGCGGUUCUGGCACGGGUAAGGCUGAGGGAGAGAAGAUAGCAAUGACCGCACCUGUGGUUAUGCAACCGACACCACAGCUGGUGGUGGGGACCACAGGUGGCGGCGGAGAGGCCGGGGAAUCCAGAGACUCCUCGUCUCCCUCCCCUUCAUCUCCAUCUUCAUCUCCAUCUGCAUCUUCAGCGCAAUCUGCGCCGCCAGCGGAAUCGUCGUCCAUGAUGUUCAUCUUGCCGUCCAAGUACACGAGCCUGGAUAUGGUGCCUAAGCCGACCGAUCCACGUGUCACGAUCGUUGAGCUGCCACGUCGGAAGCUUGCAGUCAUUCGGUUCUCUGGUAUUGCACGGAAAGAAGUCAGCCAGGAGAAAGAGGAGCAGCUUCUUCAGGCUGUGGCCAAGGCCGGCUUCAAAGUAGCUGGAAAGCCGUCUCUCAUGUUAUACAACCCGCCGUUUACCCUACCGAUGUUCCGCACCAACGAGGUCUCUGUUGCCGUCGAAUAAUCAGUCAUAUGAGGCGGAAGGAUCUCUCAAAAAGCGAAGAAAAACGAAGGGGAAAAAACAGGAAAAGCACGGUGCUCUGGUUCCUCCUCCUCGUCGUAUUCCUCUGAUUAAUGAUUCACUGAUGAUUCAUCGCACCAUUGAUUGCAUUCUUGCUUGCUCGAUUGAUUGAUUCCGUGAUUGGUUGAUUUCAGUGAUUGACUGAUUGGUUGAUUUCAUUGAUCGAUCGAUCGAUCGAUCGAUUGCUUGCUUGCUUGCUUGAUUGAUUGGUGUCCCUCGUAUUAAUGAUUGACGGAUUGAUCGAGUCAUUGAUUGCAUGUUUGGUUGAUUGGUUGAUUGAUUGAUUGGUUGAUUGGUUGAUUGAUUGUAUUGAUGAAGUGAUCUGCUUUUAGUGGGCGCUGGUUGGAAUCGUGGCCGAGCUGAAUCUC